AUGGCACGCCGGGCACGGAGACGUGGGGAGUCGCUGGUGUUGUGCUUGGCGCUCUGCGUCGCAUGUCGAGAAGGUGCAGUGCCAAAGGCUUCCGGAUUCUGCGCAGGCCUCCAGCCGCCUUGCCAUCGCAGAGCGGGCUCAGUUGUGACCCGGCGGGUGGAUCCGGACACGGCUCAGAGCCUUAGCAGCCUCGACUUCGACACGCUGAAGGAUGUGACGACGGCUGUUGCUCAGUCUCCUGUCCUGGACCCGAAUGUGAAGUACCUUUAUGGCGCGGAUGGAGAGGUCUUAAUUGACCUGGCGAGCAAGAAGCCACUCGAGGACAACUGGUUCAACGCAGCUUGCGGCUUCCAAGCGCAGAUGAUCAAGAACCUGGACCAAGGCCUCCGGUUCAUUGGCGUGCCCCAAGCCUUCGGCUGGGCGGUCCUGAGCUACACAUGUCUGGUGAAGGUGUUGCUGUACCCACUUGAGAAGACGACAGCGAGGAAUAUUGCGCUUAACAAGAUGCUCGCCCCCAAGAUGGCCGAGAUGAAGGAGACGAUCAAGGACAAAGAGGUGCUUUCGAAACGUACUGUCAAGAUUUACGAGCGCUUCAACAUGAACCCGCUCGCUGGUUGCGUCCCCGUACUGCUGCAGAUCCCUAUCAUCUGGACCUUGAUCUUUGGCGUCCGACGGCUGGCUUCCGAGCACUACGAGCCCUUCAGCGAGCCAUGGCUCUGGGUUCCUUCGCUGGGUGAGCCAAAUCCUGGAUUCGAGUUCUCUCUGGACUGGCUGCUGUCUUUCCAGGCUGGAGAGCCCGUGAUUGGUUGGAACAUCUGGCUUCGGCAGAUGAUUCUUCCAGUGGUUUUGGUCGGCAUCAAUGCCUUUCCGCUGCUGAGGCAGCAGCAGAAGGGCGAGGAGGUCGGCGUCACGUCUUACCUUCCUUUGCUCCUCACGCUCUGGAUCACCACGGAGUUUCCACAGGCAAUCUGCCUCUACUACUUGGCCUUCUACGGAGUCAAAGCCGUUGAGGAUGAGUACGCGAAGCGCGAGAUCUGCGAGGAGUUCCCACAGUUUGCCAUCUUCGAGGAAACCGGAAAGUUUCCCGAGGGGAAUUUCGACGACGUCUUGUUCCCAAGUUUGCACCGGGCCGCCAAGAACGGCUUGAUCACAGAAAUCGUCGAGAGGGCCGAAGAGGGCGCCGACAUCAAUGCGACGGAUGAACAGGGCCUGACUCCCGUGGCUUACGCCGCUGGCCUCGGCAACGUCCCGGCCGUAGCAGCGCUCUGCGCCCUCGGUGCCGAUGUACGCUGCCGGGACUUACAGCAAAACUCGCUCUUCCACCUCGCUGCGGCCUAUGACCACGUUGGUGUCAUAUCGUACCUGGACCGCUUCACGGAGGACGAUCCUGAAUUCAGUGACAACGUUUGGAUCAAUUGGAAGAACGAUCUCGGCUACACUGUGCUGGACAUUGCAAAGCAGGAUUCCGAAGUGCAUAGCUACCUGAGCAGCCGACUACAGCCGGUCGCCGCACCUCCUAUGGCCCGGUCAUUAGACUGA